GAAGUGCUACUGAAAUUUGGACAGUAUGUCAUCCACUUCUCAAAAACACCGUGAUUUUGUAGCCGAGCCUAUGGGAGAAAAGCCUGUAGAUGCUCUUGCCGGAGUAGGAGAAGUGUUAGGAGGCAGACUUUCAAACAAGGGUUUUGACAAGGCAUAUGUGGUGUUGGGGCAGUUCCUGGUGUUGAAGAAAGAUCAAGAUCUUUUUGUCGAGUGGUUCAAAGACAUCUGUUCUGCCAACUCCAAACAAGCAAAGGAUUGCUGCUCUUGUCUUAAGGAAUGGUGCGAUGCUUUCUUGUAAAAUGUCAAGCCUGAAACUUGGAUUCCUCAGUGUCAUUUAGUGUCAUGGCUGCAUUUAGUUAAUGGGACAUUGAAAACUGACCAUCUGGUUUUUACAUUUUACUUUUCAACAAAAUGUACUGCCUGCAUUUGCGAACAUCGGUCCAUUUAACAAUGCAGGGUUGUGAAUUAUUGUUGAGCUGUAUAUUGCCUCCUUUCCUAAGCACGUGUGGCAUCUUUUAAUUUUUGUAGCUAUCUUAAAUUUCUCCUGGACUGUUUUAUAGCAAAUGUUUGAUGUAUCAAAUAUAUUUAAAAAAUUGAAAUAAAGUUAAACUGCUGUCGUU